UCUUAUUUCCUAUUCCCGCUAAUCCUCUUGCAAAGUUGGAACUUUUUGUUUGUGUGUUGUUCGUUUCCCCUAUGUCAGUUGUUAACGCGACACCUUCUCCUUAAAGUUGGGUGUACUUUGUUCAUUCUCUCCUUUUCUGUGUGGAUGCCCAGAGGGAGAACAGCUGCAGCUCGACAUUCUCGACAACUUGUGUUCUGAGACAAACGCAGUCUUCUCUAAAACAAUGGCUGGAAAACAAUGGCUGAACAUCCUUUCACGAGCCUUAGUCAAGUCAGAAGACGUAUGCAAAGAAGACGAAUGCAGCUUGCAUAAAGAGAAACUGAAACUCUUCUGUUUGGACCACCAGGAGCUUGUGUGCCUCGUCUGCAGAGACGCUGGAAUCCACUUUGGCCACAGGUUCCGGCCCCUUGAAGAAGUUGUGGAAUAUGCCAAGGAAAAACUCCAAGAUAACGACUGUCAAAAAAACUGCGAUGAACAGGCAGAGAACAUCAAAAUCCAGAGGGAGAAUUUCGAACGCAAGAUCAAGAAGGACUUUGAGGAUCUCCGUCGCUUUCUCGACGUCGAGGAGGAGGCCAGGUUGGCUGCGGUAAGGGAGGAAGAGACCAAGAAGAAUCAAACGAUGAAGGAGAAGAUGGCGGCUCUCGGCGAACAAACGGCCGCUCUCUCGGAUGUCAUUAGCAGCGCUGAGGAGAUGCUGAUGUCUAGCAAAGUUUCUUUCAUGAAGAAGUUCAAGAAUGUGAUGAGCAUAAUCCAGGAGCCGCAUAAAACGUCGCAGCUUCUGCCAGGAGGUCUGUUGGACGAAGCCAAACACGUAGGCAACCUCAAGUUCAAGGUGUGGGAGCGGAUGUAGGAGACGCUCGCCUACAGUCCCGUCAUUCUGGAACCAAACACGGCCGAUCCAAGAAUCAAUCUGUCCGAAGAUCUCAGCAGUCUUAGUUGGGAAGAGCGUCCAAAGAAUUCAGAGAGGUCCAAGUGGGAGUAUUCGCUCGGUUGUUUUUUGGACUUUGGAAGACACGUGUGGGACGUUGAGGUGGGAGACAACAAAACCUGGGAAGUGGGGAUCAUGUGGGGGCAACUUUGUUUCCCAAAGAAGAUGGUUGGUUGGUACAUUCGCUUUUGUGAUGGUGAAUACAAAAUGACCACUGGCAAAUUUGUAGAAUGUAAUCUGCCUGUCAAAGUGCAGAGGAUCCGAGUUGAGGUGGACAUGAAAAAAAGGGUGGUGUCCUUCUCUGAACCUCUUACCAACACCGAAUUGUGGAACAUUAAGAAUCCUUCCAAUUGGCCAGACUUGUCCGGUAACAUCAAAAUGUAUCCUUACUUAUCCACAAGCAGUGAAAUUCCUCUUAAAAUAAUCUCCAUUGUACCUGGUGUUACGACUGCCAUCCGUUAGCGGUCAUAUUGACACGGCUUGAUUUCUGUGCUUUUCAAUGUCUAAUCUAUAUCAUUCCUUUUCUUUUGAUUUGACUCUCACUUAUUGACCAGGUCAUGUGAUAUGACUACUGGAGUCAAAAUAAUGAUUGCUUCCUAUACAUUUUGACUGUGUGAAUGUGUGCCGGUAUGAGAUUUUGACGGUACGAUAACCGUGAGCAAAAAUACCGCCGUUUCACGGUAUCACGGUAUUGCAAUUAUAGCUACAAAAUGUGUUAUUUUGAGAUGUAUGGGUUAAAAAAAAUAACUUUUUUCCAUUGAACAGGAUUUUUUUUCUAGAAUAGAGUUGCCAAUUGGAACAUGAAUAUAUUGUUAAAAAAAAUAAAUUAUCAAUUAAAAAAAAACAAAUAUUUAAAAAAAUUUUAAAAUAUAACUUAUAGACGAUACCCACAGCCACCCCUCAAAUUGCUCAAGAUUAGAGCAAGAACAAAAUAAUUUCUAUAAAAAAUUAAAAACACUUCUGAAUAAAAUUUUAAAUUUAUACUGCAUCACUUUUUUUUUGAGGGUGGAAAAGCUCAAGUUUUGCCAAUUUCAGCCACUGUGUCAAAUCUAGUCUACAUGAUGUCAUGCCUUUGUGUUAAAAAGAACAAAGAAUUCAUAAGUGUACAAGUUAGUUAAAAAUGUAAAAGUUGGUUAAAAUGUAAAUAUUGCUGUGGAAAGGUUUCAUCUAAAAAAAUUAAAAAAAAACAUUCAGAGUGAGACCUCUCCUUGAGCUAACGAACGUGGAGUUGUGCUUAGGGCAAGAUAAUCUUUCGCAAUUGACGAUCUUUGAUGCUAUCAUUUCCCCCCCCCUCAUUCAAGCUUGUUUUCUCACUCUGCAGCUGUAACACUCGACGAAGUUGCUCUCCCAGCUAAGUCUAGGCUAACAUUCAUCUUUGUAAGCUUUUAGUUCGAGUGUAUAUCGAAUUUGAAAGGAAAAUGUGUGCUUUGUUUUUGGCGAACUUUUCCAUGAUGCUAAUCUGUUGAAGCUACUCACACAUGAAAAAAUACAAUUGUACAACGUUUUAAAUGUUUUCAUUUUGUAUAUUACACUUACCACAAUUUGAGAGCUCAAUAAAUUGCAGAAAAGAA